CAGGACUUGGUGCAACAUUUCCACCCCUCCUGUUGACAUCAGCAGGCGUAACAUUAUUAGAAAAGCUUUGGCUUCAGGCUUUAAAAGAGUACAAUUCCUCCACCACUGAAGGAGUAAAACCCAUUUCCUGCAUUAGAGUUGUGGUGGAUCUGUGUAAAAGUGCGAUUAUGAUAAAGACCAGCUCUGAUGCGCCUCAGGCUGGAGUUUGUUCAAGUCAAGUGGAAUGACUCACAACUCGUGAUCCCCCCCUUUCUUUCCUUGCAGCUCCAAAGCUUAAAAGAUGCUUUCACCCCCCAAUAAUCUCCCUUUGCAGCUUGUAGUCAUAGUGUAGAGCUGCAUGCAGUGCUUAUCCAGCCUACGUGCAUGCAUUUUUUUUUGCAACCUUAUUAGGCUAAAUAGAUUUAAGAUUUCUCCAAAAACUUCUUGAAAUUAGGACAUUUGAAACUUUUCAGAUUAAUAUGAGUCAGGCUGAAAUCUUGAGGAAAAAGACAAGAAAGGAGUUUAUACCUUAUUUCUUGGGGUUCGUUAUUUUUUUGUAUGGGACAGUUCAUUUUAUUUCAUUUACAGCUAAAAAUGCUGAGUUUGCUCCCACUGUGAGGGUGCGCCGGGCCCUGGAGAAUGAGACCGAAUGCAUUUCACCCCAAGCCUCAGAGUUUCCUGACGGCUUCUUCACCGUGCAGGAGAGGAAGGACGGAGGGCUGGUCAUUUACUUCAUGAUCAUUUUCUACAUGCUGUUGGCUGUUUCAUUAGUCUGUGAUGAUUACUUUCUACCCUCCUUGGAAGUGAUCAGUGAACGUCUGGGCCUUUCUCAGGAUGUAGCAGGAGCCACCUUUAUGGCAGCAGGAAGUUCUGCUCCUGAACUUGUUACAGCUUUUCUAGGAGUGUUUGUGACAAAAGGGGACAUUGGGGUCAGCACGAUUGUGGGAUCAGCUGUCUACAACCUGCUUGGAAUCUGUGCUGCCUGUGGAAUUUUGGCCUCAGUGGCGAGGCGUCUCACCUGUUGGCCUCUGUUCAGGGACUGCCUGGCAUAUGGAAUCAGUGUUGCUGCUGUUAUUGGCAUCAUUUCCGAUAACAAAGUGUACUGGUACGAGGCCGCCUGUCUGCUUCUGGUCUACGGUGUCUACAUUGUUGUCCUGUGCUUUGACCUCCGCAUCAGUGAGUUUAUCCUGAGGAAGCUGAGCCCCUGCUGCACCUGUUUGAGCUCUGGUUCUAGUGACAAAAUGGAAACGCAGGCUCUGAUUGGCUGGAACGACGACACCAGCUUGAGAAUCUGUGGCCGUUCCAGAACAGAUAGCGGAAUCUUCCACGAUGACUCAGGGUACUCUCACUUGUCCCUCAGCCUGCACGGCCUCAAUGAGAUUUCUGACGCAGAGCAGAAAAGUGUGUUUUCCAUGCCAGAGAGCGACCUGAAGAGGAUCCUCUGGGUCCUGUCCCUGCCUGUGAUCGUGCUGCUUUUCAUGACGGUUCCUGACUGUAGAAGACGGUUCUGGAAGCAGUGGUUCAUGAUAACGUUCUUCAUGUCCGCUGUUUGGAUCUCUGCUUUCACAUACGUACUAGUCUGGAUGGUCACUGUUGUCGGGGAGACACUUGGCAUCCCCGACACAGUCAUGGGACUCACUUUGCUUGCUGCUGGAACCAGUAUACCAGACACAGUGGCAAGUGUGAUGGUGGCCAGAGAAGGUAAAGCCGACAUGGCCAUGUCCAACAUUGUGGGCUCUAAUGUGUUUGAUAUGCUUUGCCUGGGCCUGCCUUGGUUCAUCAAGACUGCUUUUGUCGACACCAUCAACCCAGUAGAGGUCAACAGCACCGGACUGAUCUUUGUUUCAUGCACACUCCUCCUUUCCAUCGUCUUCCUUUUUAUAGCCGUCCACGUUAACGGAUGGAAACUGGACUGGAAGUUGGGGCUGGUUUCUCUGAUCUGCUACAUCCUCUUUGCCACCUUAUCGAUUCUGUACGAACUGGGGAUUAUUGGGAAUAAUCCUAUACGAUUGUGCAGUGACUGAAAACACAACUUUCUCAGGACUGAAGCCAUUUUUUAAAUCUUCAUAUACUAAGUCAACAGUGGACACCCUCCUUUAAGAAGCAAGUUUCACUGAGUUGAAGACGCUUCAAGAUCAACUUUUUCAAGUCCAGAUGGCCUGAAGAACAGAAUCUUCACAAAUUACACAAGUUGAUUUAUUCAAGUACUAGAUUUUUCUAAAGGUGUACCUUCACCUGUUCUGAUUCACUCUGAAUUGUUACAGUGAAGGCCAGUCAUUCUCCCUUCCCUCAACAAGCUCCACAAGUGGACUCAAACAUACUGUUCUUACUGCUGAGUGAAAUAAACAUGUCAGUUGAACUUAAA